CCGGCCGCUGUGAGCCCGGCAACCGUGACCCGUGCAAACUGCGGGGUUGGUGCACCUCGUCCUUCGCCGCGUGCGCUUGCUGCUGCGACCCGGACACGGCACACGGCUGUCUCACGAGGCGGCUGCACGGCCGCUACCGCUUGCCGGCGAGGGCUUCCGGCGCCGCGGCUGGCCCGCGCUGCAACUCGGCGCGCGGCGGCUCCUCGGGCGACGCCUCCGCUCGCGUGCAACGGAGGGCCUCCCCCGCGGAAGGAGCUCCCCGCCGCGCUGCAGCGCGUUUGCGCCCUCCUCACGCGCUACUCGCCGCUGUGGGCCCUUUCGGUCGCUCUGGUGGGCGUGAGCCGCCCCUCCUCGUUCCGCCCGCUCAGCGCGCUGCCCGUCGUGCAGCGCGCUUUGGCGACGCUCAUGCUGGCGAUGGGGCUCAGCACGACUCCCGCGGAGCUUGCUUGCGCGGUUGGCGAGGUGCGGGUCCUGGGACUCAACAGUCUUUGCUGCUUUGGACUCAUGCCACUGACGGCGCUGGCUGUCGGGUCGGCGCUGAAAUGCGACGCGGAGAUGCUGACAGGGGUCGUGCUGCUCGGCGCCGUCAGCGGUGGGCAGGCGUCGAAUUUGUUCGCGCUGCUCGCGAACGGAGAUGCCGCCCUCUCCGUCGUCGCCACCACAACCACGACGCUGCUGGGCGUGCUCGCCACGCCGUGCUUGGCACAUUUGCUCCUCGGCGGCGUUUCCAUCCCCGUCGAUGCGACGGGGGUCCUCCGCUCCGUCGCUUCGCUGGUGCUUGUUCCGCUCCUGUUCGGAGUAGCGAUGGGCUUGCGGCUGCCCGCGCUCGUAGCCCGCGUCGCUCCGCUCUGCCCUGCGGUGGGCGUGCUCUCCACUCUCGUCCUCGUCGCUGGCGGCGCCUCCUCCUCCGCCUCGCUCCUCGUCGCGUCCGACGGAGCUUGGCGCGCUCAUGCUGCUGCGGUCGCGCUCCCACUCGCCGGAGGUGCGGUCGCCCUCGCUCUUGCAAAGCUUGCACGGCUGCCCGAGCGAGUCACGCGGACGCUGACCAUCGAGACGAUGAUAAAGUCGCCGACACUAGCGUACGUGCUGGCGUUGCGCCACUUUUCUCCGCGCGCCGCAGCGGUGCCGGCUGCAGCGAUGGUAUGGCUCGCGGCGCUGGGAGCAGCAACCGCGAGCAUGUGGCGGAGGGUGCCCCUGCCGCAGACCAAUGACGUCGGGGGUGACCGGAGUUUUUAAUCACCCCCCCCCUCCCCCCCUCCCCCCCCACGACCUUGUGUGAGUGGGAGAAGUUAGACUUUUCCACUCGGUACCUAAAAAUAUCUCUCUCG